AGCUUUUAAGGCGUGUGCUAGAAAAAAUUGCAGUAGAAUUCUCUUAAGGUGAUAAGUUUUUGAAACUCUUUAACUCUCUUCUUCCUCACGAUCCGGGUACAUCAUUGGGAAGUCUUUACAGUUUUGCGAAUGGAUUCUAUCAACUAUCCUGAGACAUCUUGCAGGAAAAUGCCUUCCGCCGACGUAGAAGAUCUCCGUAAACAGCUGGCUACGUAUGGUCAAGAUCACCUCUUGAAAUUUUGGUCACGUCUAAGUGGUGAUCAGAAAGCUCACUUAGUUGCCGACAUCCAAGCUGUAGAUUUCUCAGACCUGACAAAUGCUUUUAAGGAAACGGUAGCAAAUCGCGAGAACAAUAACCAAAAAAUAGACUUGUUGCUAGAACCUAUACCUGAGGAACUACACGAAGGUGUAUCGCGAUGUACUCCGGAGCAGCUGCAAGCUUAUCGCGAUACUGGGCUUCGCGAGAUCUCAGAAGGUCGUGUUGCCGCUCUUCUUUUAGCCGGAGGACAAGGAACGAGGCUUGGUGUCAACUAUCCUAAAGGGAUGUACGACGUAGGUCUUCCUUCCCGCAAGACUUUGUAUCAGCUUCAGGGCGAACGCUUGCUUAAGCUAGAAGAACUUGCUGAGCAGCUGACUGGGAAAAAAGGAACCAUACCUUGGUAUAUUAUGACAAGUGAACAUACUAUGGAGCCAACUCUAGAAUUUUUUGCCAAUCACAAUUACUUUGGUUUAAAAAAAGAGAAUCUGAAAGUUUUCGAACAGUAUAUGUUGCCUUGUCUUACCCUGGAUGGCAAAAUAAUCCUCGAAACGCCUUGGAAGAUGGCAAAAGCCCCUGAUGGCAACGGUGGCCUUUUCCGUGCAUUACGCGAGCGUGGCAUUUUGGAUGACAUGACAAAAAGAGGAAUCCAAUACGUCCAUGUGUACUGUGUAGACAAUAUUCUGGUCAAAAUGGCAGAUCCAGUUUUUAUUGGCUAUUGCAUUAGCAAGGACGCAAACUGUGCUGCCAAGGUGGUGGAGAAGGUUGUACCUACAGAAGCAGUUGGUGUUGUUUGCCGAGUAGGGGGCAAGUUCCAAGUGGUUGAAUAUAGCGAAAUAUCUUUGGAAACUGCUCAGAAAAGGAACCCCGAUGGGCGACUCACCUUCAAUGCUGGCAAUAUCUGCAAUCACUUUUUCACAGUUGACUUUCUUCGCCAGAUUGGCAGUGGAGCUAAAAGAUUAAAGUAUCACAUAGCACAGAAGAAAAUUCCGUAUGUUGGAGAUGAUGGCAAGAUGGUUAAGCCUCUCAAACCGAAUGGAAUAAAACUUGAGAAAUUCGUUUUCGAUGUAUUUGUAUUCUCCGACAAAUUUGCUGCAUGGGAAGUGCAUCGUGAAGCUGAAUUCUCACCUUUGAAAAAUUCUGAUGAUAGUCCAAAGGAUACACCAACAACAGCAAGACUUUCCCUUUAUGCCUUGCAUCGACAGUACAUCAAAGAUGCUGGUGGUCACUUUGCAGAUGAAAAUUCAGAAACUUUUGUAUCUGUAGACUUGAAUGUUACUGGAAAUGAUGAUGAAAAGAAAGAUAUUGCAGAAGAAAAGCGUACAGUGGGCAUUUGUGAAAUUUCGCCAUUAGUUUCAUAUGCUGGCGAAGGCUUGGAAGAGCUGGUUGCUGGUCGUACAUUUUCUGGUCCUGUUAUUAUCAGUUCUCCAAGGGAGAGGAUACCAGUUUCAGAUGACAAUGGGAACAGAGAUUGAAAGAAUACCUUGAAACCAUGAUGUGAACAUAAAUUGCAAUUGGUCUGGGUAAACAAGACUGUUAGUAAAUGCUGAAAGUGGAAACUGAUUACUGGAGAUGUGCUGGAGAGCCUUAAUUGGGAAUUCGAUUUCUUUUUAAACAUUCCAAUUAUAGUGACAACUUAUUUGGUACUGGCAGCUUGAAAUAAAGCAGAACUUUGACAUAAAACUAUUCUUGUGGACACUAAUAGAACACAGUAAAACAAAAUGCAUAGAAUCCAGUAAUUCUGAGUUAUAUAUAAAACUGCAUUUAAAAAGCACAAAAAAAGAACUUUUUUAUUUAUGGUAAAUUAUCACAAAGGUGGUUAAUUAGAAAAUUUUAUUAAUUAUCUACAUCAAAUCCAAACUUCAAAUUGUGUGUUAGUAUGUGGAACAAAGAGUGCAAACUUAAACUUGAGUGAUAUGGCAGAAAUCACUGCAUGUAUUUGUAUUGUAAAUUACUUAAAUUAUUUUACUUACUGCUGUUUAUUCUGCAUUUUUUCCUCUUUCAGUUGCCCUUUUAUUAUGAAGAACUCAAAUUUUUAUGUAUAUUAAUAGUUGUGUAUAAAUUACUUCCACAAUUACAUUUUUUAUUUCAGAAUUCAGACAUUAUGAAUUAACACAUCUGUGAUUAGAAUCGUGUGUUUAAAAUGUAAUUUGAAUUAAUUUCAUAAAUUUAAUUAAUAUUGUAACAAAUUUUUAUUUUGUUACUGUAAAACUAGGCUAAUAUGUGGCAGUUUUUAGACAGU